AUGAACUACUUCACGGUACCGAGCAUUCGAAAGUCUCUAAGAGUCUCUGGUGGAGCUACCUAUAGCUAUGCAUUCGUUUCUGCGCAGGGACAGAAAUCAAUUUUAUUGUUUUUGCACGGCUUCCCCUCGUCUUCAUACGAUUGGCGACACCAAGUUGCGUGGUUCUCGUCAAAAGGAUAUGGGAUAAUCGUUCCCGAUUUGCUGGGUUACGGAGCAAGCGACAAGCCGAUGUCUUUGGAGAGUUACGGACUGAAACGGAUGGUGAAUGAUUUGGUAGAUAUACUGGAAGCUGAAUGCGCCGAAAAGGUCCAUGCGGUGGCCCACGACUUGGGUUCUCACCUUCUAUCCAGAUUUGCCAACUAUUUUCCCAACAGACUUCAUUCUGCGACUUUCAUCGCUGUGCCAUACAUACCGCCAGCUCAACUUUUAGAUCUGCAAAGGAUCAAUGACGUGUCAAAAUCCACAUUGGGCUACGAACGGUUUGGUUAUUGGAACUUUUUCAAGAAAGAAGAGGCUGGGUCGAUAAUUGCGAACCAUGCUGAAUCGUUCUUUUCGAUUUUCUAUCCUUCCGACCCUUCCUAUUGGGAAACUUACCUGGCCCCAUUGGGAGCACUAGAAGAUUGGCUGCAACACGAUCGCAGAACGGUGAUGGCGGCAUACAUCACUGAGGAAGAGUAUGAGAUGCAUUCACGUAUCUUCCAAGGAGAGUACGGGCCAGCACUGAAUUGGUUCAAAUACCGGAUUGCAAAUGGUGACUAUGAGGAAGAAUGUAAGGCUGAGAUCAAUCCUGUUCUUAAAAUGCCUGUCCUAGUGCUACAGGGGACUAAAGACAAGAUCGCAAUUCCGCAACCAAAGGAGCAAGUAGGCACGUGCAUCAGAUUCCUAAAAGUUUUGAAUCUACCUACAGGUCACUGGAUCCACCUGGAGGCUAAAGACGUCGUCAAUAGGGAACUAGAAGAGUUUGUCCGGCAAAGCGAACAUUCUGGUCGUGUUAUCUGA